AUGUCAGAUAACUACGUCGCCCCAGGCCAGCAGCGCUACCUCCGCGCCUGCAUGGUCUGCUCCAUCGUCAUGACCUUCCAACGCUUCCGCGAGGAAGGGUGCCCCAACUGCGAAGAGUUCCUGCACCUUGCAGGCUCCCCCGAGCAGAUCGACACCUGCACGAGCCAGGUCUUCGAGGGCCUCAUCACGCUGGCGAACCCCAACAAGUCGUGGGUGGCACGGUGGCAGCGCCUCGACGGCUAUGUGCGCGGUGUGUAUGCGAUCAAGGUUUCUGGUCAGCUGCCGGAUGAUGUACGGGCACAGCUCGAGGACGAGCACCGCAUUCAAUACAUACCACGUGAUGGAAGUGCUGCCGAGGCCGACUAA